ACUCUUUGGUCGAGACUAACUGACAUGCGCGGUGAAAUUUUAGAUCGAGUUUUUUAAAACUUAAUAGAUCGCUACGAUUUUGUUGUUAAGAUUUGUGUGCUUGUGCUUAUGGAAUAAAUAAGUCUACUUUUUGCUUUAGUGAUAUUAAGAUAUGAAAGCUUCGUCAUUGUCACAUUUGUGAAUGAAGAUGAUGCACCCAGAAUAGAAGUAUCAACUUGGCUCGACCUACAUGCCAAAACUUGUUACUACCCAAAUGUACAUACAGAGGAGAUGAAAAACAAAAUUUUAAGAAAAAUGGCUGACCACGACAACUUAUGGCCACAAUUUCAAAUAAAAGUUGUGAAAAGUUAUGAAAUUUAUAAUGAGGCAUGUCUCCACUUGGAAAAAGAUGAAGAAACUUCCAAUUUAGACUUAGAUGAUGAAGUCAUCAUACGUAAAAGAAAGAUCAAGAAAGAAUAUUCACCUGAAGAUUCAGAUUCUCCAGACAAUUCAAGUCUCGAAUACCCCAUUGCUCCUAAACGUCAGUCAUUAAGAAGAAGAAAUAAUGAGUGUACUAAAAAAUUGACAGAUGUGGCUGCAACAAACAGUUCAGUCGAAAUGGUUCAAAAUAAUGUAGACAAUCUUACACCUGGUUGUAUUCAAAGCACAUCUAAAUUAAAUUCAACAAACGCAACUCCUGAAUAUGCUUUUACAAGAAACACCUCAUUUACUGGAAAAGUUGAAGAUGUUAAUGAAAUUCCAGAUCUAACAAACAGCACCAAUAUUGAUUCAAAUCACACUAUAAAUUGUCCAUCUGGCUGCAUUCUGAGUAAGCAGUUUACAAUACAACAAAGCCAUCUUAUCCAGGUGGUCACAGACUUAUCUGUACAGAUGAAUGAAGUUAAUAGAAAACUGGACUUACUGUUAGCACGGUCAUCUUCACAACCAAUAGAUCAACGAGAGGACACUUUUACAAUUCCUGACUUUCUGGCAAAUCUUCCAGUAGAGGAUGACACAAGUUUUUGUAAUUUGAAUGAACAGUUGAAGAUUAGCCACAACAAAAAAUCUAUUGUAGAAAUCUGCAAAAAAAUCUACGAUGUAACGGAAGAACAUCUCAAGGAGGUUAUUGGCGACUGGCUGAAUCAAGCAAAAGUUAGAUUAAGAAGGAGAGCUGAUAGAAAAAAACAAUCACCAGAAUCAGAAGCUAGCGGGUCUAAUCUGGGUGCUAAUGAAUUGUUUUAGACAAUAUUUUUAAAUUGUGAUUUUUUUCUUAAUGACUGAUUAAUAAAAUAGUUAUACGAUUAU